AUGAGUGGACCAAUCCGCGCGGGCGUCUACGGGCCUAGGGAAGACGUGGAUAAAACUUCGGCAGACUAUCCAGCAGUAAAAGUUAGAUAUGCGUCGUACGAACAAAUUGAGAAGAGAGCGCUUAUUCACCAGCAGGAUUCGGGAGAUAUUACUAAAGAUUUCUUGAAAUACGACGAGGUGCCGCAAAUCACAAACUUUUCGCGGUCGUCGAUGCCCCCGGGACAAUCUGUCGAUAGGCACGUGCACGAAUCGAAAUAUGAAAUCUUUGAAGUGCUCUCAGGCAGCGGCGAAUUUUGCGUGUGGGAGAUUGGCGCCGAUGCAAACGCCAAACCCAAAGAAACGUUUCCUCUGGAGAAAGACGUCGUCGUCACGGUGGGGCCAAAAGAGCCGCAUUCGAUGCGAACGUUAGAAGAUAGUGAUGGUCCAUUAGUUAUGACGUAUAUUGGUAUAGUAGCGCCAGAGAAAUGA